AUGCGCCUGGAGCGACGCAGCAGCCCGCCCUGCCCGGGAGCCGACGGCCAGGAAAUAGGAACCACCGGGCUCAAACUAGUCCUGGCGUGCGGAAAGACUCUCGACGGCGAGGUCAUCGGCACCCCCGAAUCCACGACCCUGAGCCAAUGUGCCGACUUCUGCGGUACUUUCCACCCGCGAUGUGAGGGAUUCAACUAUAGCGACGCUGACGGGUGCCAACUUAUCGGAGUACCUGCCUCGGGCGGGGAUAUCCCGGUGCGACAGACCCGUCUCACAGACUCCGGAAGGGCGAGGUACCCCACGUUAGCGCAAUCCUCAUGUCGUGAUGGUAAACAGCUCACGCAGGGGAGUGCCGGUUCGUUCGACGCCAAGUGUGGACAAGUUAUCAAUGGCGGAGACCUUGUUCAAAGACAUCACCCGACGUUUGAUGCGUGUUCGGCGGAUUGUGGGGCGACGGCAGGUUGUGUGGCCUUUUCGUACGAGGCUUCCAUGUCCAGGGGAUUCAACAACUGUUACCUGAAGAGCUCGGUCCCGAGCGGUGGAAUGAGCUUCGUCGAUGGUGUCGAUACUGGGCUUUUUGCCGCUGCAAAUGCCCAAGCCCCACAAUCGGGCGUACCAGCUCCAAGCGGCUUCAUGACCAUUGUUCCCGCCAACAACGCAAUCGAAACGCCCACCGGCAACCUUGCGGCCAAUCCCACCCCUGUCACUCCUAUCGGAGAUAUCUCCCAAGGAGGCAGCCCUGUAGACGGAAACCCCGUCGUCAGUGUCACCCAGGUCGUCACUUUGCCUGCCGAUUCCAACAACGACGGGGGCAACGGCGGGUCCGCCAGCCUCUACCGGGGCUCUUCUUCUGGAGGCUCAUGGAAAUCAGUAUUCGGACUCGGCAGUGGUAAGAGCAGAGCGCCGCCCAUGCAGGGUGGGACGGGGGGUAUUCUGGGUUCUUCGAGGACGAGCUCCAUGCAGAGGCUAGGGUCGAGUGACGGCAGAUCAGUCCCCGUUUACGAGGUCAAAGGGGGGAAGGUGGCCUUGAGGGAAACCACAACGGAGGUGCAGAGGCCGAUGACGGGUCUUUUUAGGAGUAAUUAG